AUGUCUCUAGAGAGUGGAAUCGACGGCUGGCUUAGGUAUUCUGCCUUGCCAGCGGAAAUCAAAGCGAAACAUCGCGGGUAUUCCAAGAUCGUUGUCUUGGAGAAAUCCGAAACGAGCCCCGUCUACACAGCUGGAAAAGAGCUGCAAAAAGGGAUUGAGAAGAUUCUUGAUCAAAAAGUCGACAUCUCCUUUGAUCUGAGUGAUGACCUCUCGAGCUCCAUUGUUGUUGGUACCAGAGCGGCAUUCGUGGCUGGUGGAGACGAGGAAAUAGCAACACUCAAAGAAGAUGGAUUCUGGCUCAACACCAAAGCCAGAAAUGAUUGUGUCCAUAUUCUUGGUCAGAAUGAUCGCGGUGCUCUCUAUGGUACUUUCGAACAUCUGAUGCGUCUGGCACAAGGGAAUUUUGCACCCGUCGCAGAAGUCUAUAACCCCAGCGCACCGAUACGCUGGGUCAAUCAAUGGGACAAUUUGGACGGAAGUAUUGAGCGAGGAUACGCGGGUCCGUCAAUCUUCUUCCGGGAUGGUGAGGUUGUCCAGGAUAUGACGCGCAUCGCCCAGUUCGCUCGUCUCCUUUCCUCGAUCCGCUUGAACGCCGUGGUCGUCAACAAUGUCAACGCAAAUCCUAAGCUCUUCAAUGAAACAAACCUUAACGGCCUCCGUCGCAUUGCAGACACCAUGCGUCCUUGGGGUGUGCGCAUCGGCAUCUCCCUUUACUUCGACUCACCCAGAGAAUUUGGAGGUCUACCUACCUCCGACCCCCUCGAUCCUGCUGUCAAUGACUGGUGGAAAAACAUCACUGCGAAAGUCUACGAGAAAGUGCCCGACAUGAUUGGGUAUACCAUCAAAGCGAACUCAGAAGGCCAGCCGGGACCGCUCACCUAUAAUCGCACAUUGGCCGAUGGAGCGAAUAUGUUCGCCAGGGCAUUGAAGCCAUACGGCGAUGCCGUUGUGAUGUACCGGGCCUUCGUUUACAAUCAUCAUUUGGAAGAGUCAGAGUGGAAGAACGACCGAGCGAAUGCCGCUGUGGAAUACUUCAAGCACUUGGAUGAGGAGUUUGAGGACAACGUUAUCGUUCAGAUCAAAUGGGGUCCCAUUGAUUUCCAAGUCCGAGAACCACCAUCACCACUACUAGCCAAUCUGCGCAAAACCAAGGCCGUCAUUGAAUUCCAAGUCGCGCAGGAGUAUCUCGGACAACAAUCUCAUUUCGUCUACAUGGCGCCACUCUGGAAGGAGAUCUUGGACUUCGACAUGCGAAUUGAUGGGAAGCCAUCUCCAAUUCGGGAUAUCGUCUCUGGUGAGCGUCUAGGCUGGAGUCGCAGCGGAUAUACCACCGUCCUCAACAUUGGCAGCGACGAUACUUGGAUCGGCCAUCACCUUUCCCUAUCCAACCUAUAUGCCUACGGUCGGAUGACUUGGGACCCAUGUUCCGAUCCGACAUCCAUUAUCCAAGACUGGACACGUCUCACCUUCAGCUUGGAUCAAACAGUUGUUGAUACUGUGACCAAGAUCUCUAUGGACUCCUGGCCUACAUAUGAGAACUACAGCGGGAACCUUGGGAUCCAGACACUCUGCGAUAUCAUCUACACGCAUUAUGGUCCUAGUCCCGGAUCUCAGGAUGGGAAUGGAUGGGGCCAAUGGACACGUGCGAACAAUCAUUCCAUUGGCAUGGAUCGAACUGUUGCUACUGGCUCAGGAAAUACAGCUCAGUACCCGGCUGAAGUCGCCGCUGUUUUUGAGAGUAUCGAGACAACACCCGAUGACCUGCUUCUCUGGUUCCAUCACGUUCCCUAUACCCAUCGUCUCAAAUCUGGGAAGACGGUUAUCCAGCAUUUCUAUGAUGCGCACUACGAAGGUGCCGAGCAUGCUCAGACCUUCCCCGUGGAAUGGGCGAAGCUGAAGGGAUUGAUCGAUGAUCAUCGAUUUGGGCAUGUCGCGUUCAAGCUGAAGUAUCAGGCCGGCCAUGCCAUUGUGUGGCGCGACUCCGUUAAUUACUUCUAUUUCAACAAGUGCCAAAUCCCCGAUGAGAAGAAUCGCGUCGGAAACCACCUUUGGCGUAUUGAAGCGCAGAACAUGAAAUUAUCGGGGUACAAGGUUGUUUCCGUUACUCCUGCUGAGGCGGCAUCGGGGGGCAAAGCCAUCAUCACAGAGUCAAGUCAAGCCUCUGGUACCGCGGAAACGAAGCUCGAUUUCCCGCCAGGAACUUAUGAUAUCGCGGUGAAUUACUACGAUCACCUCGGUGGAAGAUCAAAGUAUGAGGCUUUCCUUAAUCGGCAGCUAAUUGGAUCUUGGUCUGGGAAUUUGGAGGAUAAACUUGGUCAUGACUUCUCGGAGUAUUUGGAUGGACAUUCGGCCACGAGAAUUACUUUCCCUGGCGUCCCGGUCAUGACGGGUGAUAUCCUCAAGAUUCUUGGGCAACCCGAUGGUACCGAGUUUGCCCCCUUGGAUUACAUUUCCAUCUUGCCAGAGGGAACUAUUGAUUAG